UGUGCCGUAAAAAAAAAAGGUUAUGAUCAUGUGCUACUUUCAUGUAUCAUGUCCCGUCUAUAAAUAGUCACUUGCUAUGAUCCUCAAUGCAGCAAUAAAGCAUCCCCAAGUUAAGGUACACUCUUGUACGUUUAGAGAAUUUGUUGAUACUUAUAUAUACUCGACUUAGCUUCUACAACAGUAGGCUUCAAUUUUUUUUUGACAACUUUAUUACAAGGUAAACAAAAGGAAUAAUGUCAGAGAUUGAAGCAGAGGUGGAGCGUUUGGAGAACAAAGAAGCUGACUAUGAGAAGCUGAAAAUAGAUUUAGAUGCCAAGGCGAAGGCGAGGGCGGAGGCGGAGGCGGAGGCGGAGGGUGGUGAUGCUGAGCUGCGUUCCGGGGAAGUGGAAUUGCAAACCUAUGUCAUAAACACUACCAAGGGAUUCCUGCGUAUGAUUGAGAGUCAUUUUUGGGUUGGUCGUACGGUUACGAACAUCCCUAAUCUGGCCUCCUGGACUUACGCCAUUCCUAGGCAGACAGGCAAUCUUCUGGAAGCAGUGAGGUGGGGCGUUGUCUAUGCUGAUGGUACUGACUCCACUGCUCGUAAGUGGGUUGUGGCUUUUGAUUCUGCUGCUCAAAAGGCUUAUGCUGAAGCUGGACCUUUUGGUCCAGUUGAUUGGAAUGUUGUUGAAGUUAAACUGGGUUUGUCCGAAAGCAAAGUUGAGUAUGUUGACUCUGCUCUUGGAGGAAAGACAGUGGCUGAGAUUAAUGGUCUAGUAGCACGUGGAACUUUCAGUAAUUAGAUUGGGAUAUCAAGCUCAUUGAUGAUCGCAACCAAAUAAUGUGUGUGUGUUAUAACAAGUCUGUUGCUUUAUUUUAUAGAAGUAAUAAAUAAGAUGAUCUUGUCAUGAUUAUAUAUUAUAUUGUACGGCAUAUGCGUCAAUAUGUAAUCCAUAUAUAUAGAUUGAUAAGAUAAACAAUUUCUGGACAACCUAACAUAGUAUCCGACUCAAAGACUCAAACACUUGCAAGGGGAAUGGUAUAUGUCAAGGAAAAUCUUCUUCCAAGUGGUCAUAAGAUGAACUCCCUAUCAUGUGAGCCAAUCUAAACUUAGUGUGUCAAUAUGUAAUCCAUAUAUCAACGGAAAUAAAA